AUGCAUUCCUCUCUUUUCUCUUCUGAAAGAACGAUGAGGCCGAGCGGUAGUCGAUCACGAGAUGCUAGCCCGGCGCCCUCAAGCUUGCAAGCAGACCUGCGACAGUUCUCCUACGUUUCUUUUCCAGAGACCGCCGGAUCCGUACCGUCUCGCUCUCAGAAAGUUCAACCGCCCCCGGGAACCGAUCACAGCCUUGGGUUUCUUCCUACUCCCCAGCCGGCAAAGUCACUCCUGGGUAGAUUCAAAUCGGCCAUCGGCGCAAGUGCAUGGAUCUCACCAGCAACGACCAGUGAACAUAAAACCUCCACCAUCGCUUUUCCUACUCGCCCAUCUCUCCCACCCGUCACAAUGAAUUAUUCUCAAGCAGACCUGGACUUGAGCAAUUCGUUUGACUCACGAAAGACACGUGGUCAAAAAAUCAGCCUCAACCAAAGCAGCAGGUCCUUUGGUGGCAGUCUGUUCGAGCCAUCAGAUUCUUCCAGGGCUCAGCAUUUGGAAAGUCAUCCGUAUUCGAUUCCGCAGGCGUCAGUUGGCAUCCCACAUUCCUCAAGUUUCGGAUACUCCGAAUCCCCAACAAGACCUAGCAGUUCUAUGUCCUUCAGAGCUAUCAAUCGAUCUGUGGACGGUUUUUUGGACACUCAUCGGCCACCCGCACAUGCUUCAGAUUCUUCAAGAGCACCUUUCCACUUCAACUCAAUUCCUGAACCGGAAAACAACUUCCCUUUGGUCAGCUCGGACACUCUCUUACGCUCAUUGGUGCUUGAUAAUGGAGGUGGCAACCAUUCGGCGGAUUUCUCAGCGGUGCCGCCAUUUUCUCACAUUCCCGGUUUCCCCUUGGCGAGAGAGACAGUCGGAGACGACAGUGGCAGUGUUUUCAGUUCCUCCGGUGGCCCAUCGACCACUCCAAAGAAGGCCAAAGGAAACCCCGAUUCCUCUCACAGUUUCUCACGGGAAACUUCUAGUCGGAUUCAAGGCAUCGGAAACUCACAGGGCAAGGGUCUGAGUAAGGAAUACUGGCUGCCUGACAAGGAUGUGAAGGAGUGUUACGACUGUGCUGUAGCAUUCACCUCUUGGCGCCGAAAGCAUCAUUGCCGAAUCUGUGGAGCUAUUUUUUGUUCACAAUGCGCAUCCAACUUAGUUCCUGGACAUCGCUUUGCAUCUUCCGGAUAUAUCAGGGUAUGUAAUAUUUGCUUGGCCAAGCUUGAACCUCAAUCACAAGAACAUGCCAAUUUUACUAUCCGCGAGGAUACAGACGAUGAAACGCAGUCAUUCUCGGAAGCGGCCCCAGGAUUCAACCUCCUUGGUUCCCGCUCACAAGGGAGCCGUGCUCAUAUCACCACUCCCAGCAAAAUGCGUGAAGGAUCCAGGCAAGUGGGAGAUCAACUUGCGUCAUCUGUCACUCAUCGCGCUGGACGAUCGCUCUAUCGACAUCCCACCGACCAUCAUUCUGCGCGUCAAAAAAGCCUUCUACGGCAGCCGGCGGCCACCGAUAAAACCAAGUCAAAGUUUAACUCUCGAUCCGAUUCUCCUCCUAUCUCGCGGCCGUCUCCGAUCGCUGCCAAUCUUUUCAGUCCGUUGACGAUCAAGAAAUCAUCAACACGAAGACCUGAAGCUACAUCGAGUGCUCCUUUUCGUAAGGGACUCACGGAUGAGGAACAAGCUGGGUUACCUGGCAUCAAUACCUCCAAUCACACUCAAUCGAUUUAUGUUGCUUCUCCGAAUACGUCGAGGUUGUCGGCGGACAUUAAGCAAGCUCGACUAGACAGGCAUUUCAGUUCAAGCUCACACGAAACAACUCAUGAUUCAAGUCCAACUGGCGAAAGAUACGAGCUACGAGUACCUCCAACAUCUAGAAAUACUUCGCUCUCGUACGUUGAAGGUCAACCCAAACCUGGCCUGGUCUCCGAUCCUCCGCUUUCCAAGGCUACUUCGGCGAGCUUUGUGUCUGGAACUGAGCAGAGUCUCAGGUUGGACGAGCCUUUUCCAGCUUUUUCAUGUAAACAUGUUCGGUUUAUGAUUCACCAAUUCCUCGCGCGGGAGAAUAUUCCCAAAACGGCCGUAUGGGAAACGGAACUCGCCAACUUGUUACUUCAGGUAGUCUCUGAACCUCCCAGGCCUAAAUAUGACAGCGAGGAUGCUGGAGACAUAAGAAAGCUCGUAAAAAUCAAAAGGAUUCCCGGGGGCCAGAUAGCUGACUGCGAGUACAUUCACGGGGUCGUAUUCACAAAGAAUAUUGCGCACAGGAAGAUGAGAUCAAUUUGCGCUGAUCCCAAAGUCCUGACAAUCGGCAUGCCUAUAGAGUUCCAACGGAUUGAUGGCUACUGCAAGUUGGAUGUGUUGGUUUCUCAAGAGCGACAAUAUCUCAAGGGACUGGUCCAACGUCUCAUAUCGCUAGAACCUGACUUGGUACUAGUGGAUGGCAACGUGUCGGGUGUGGCGAUCGACUAUUUCGUUGAAGCAGGGGUGACAGUUCUCAGACACGUCAAGUCAACGGUCCUACAGGCAGUUGCUCGCUCAACCAAAACCCCGUUGAUCUCAUCUCUCGAUAAACUCUUAAAUUUGCAAGUCGGUCAAUGCGAUCUGUUCCGUGUGCAAACCGUCCACCACCGUAUGAUACCCAAUCACCACAGGAAGACUUUCAUCCGUUUAGAGGGCUGUGAACCCUACCUUGGUGGGACCCUGAUAUUGAGAGGAGGUGAUCUGGCGCUACUUACGAAGGUCAAAUCUCUAAUGUGUUCCAUGGUGGGAAUCAUAUACUCACUGCGAUUAGAAAACUCGUUUUUAAAUGACGAGGGUGCGAUCUAUUCAAACGAUUCUAUUCACGCGACCUCAUUACAGGAGAUCAGAAACGCUGACCUUCGAAGCAUCCUUUCCCGCUUCCGGCACGCGAAGAAGCACAUAUGUAACUUUGAGCCGCUCAAGCUGACUGGUAAACCUGGUGGAACCGUCCCGGAUUCAGAUUUGGCUACCUUAUCUGACCAAAUUGACGACUUGAUCAAGCCUUAUGAACUUCUGCUGCCUUCGGGUAGUCCGAGGGUAAAGCUGACGCCGCCAUUCGCCUUGCUGAAGCUACGUCAGUUGAUUCAGCAACUUACCGGCUUACGACAGGCCGACACGCAAUCGAUUCCACCUUCGUCUACAAAAUCUUGUCUGCGCGAUGAAAAAUUUGAUGAAAAGCUGCCCCCUGACGGUAACCCUCCAAUUUCGCUUGCUUCUUCUCAACCAAAAUCGAAUGACAGUAACUCAGUCAAGUCUGAUGAAGCUACCGCCCGAGUAAGGCAACCUACGAUAACUCCAGAUUACGCACGUGAUGAAUAUCUCUCUCACCUCAGUCGACAGAUUGAAGAAGAGCGCAUGGCGGUGCAUUUUUACCUAUCAAACCACUCCUCGGAGUCUUUCAAAGCGGCUGACCAUCAACAAAUCAUUGUACAAGAAAGUGUCACGUGUUCCUCUCUGGGCGGAUACACCUGCCAAGGGCCACAUCUGCGCGCCUUCGCUUUUUACUCAGCCGGUGAUCAAACCGUUGGACAAAUUAUUCAAAUGUUGAUCAAUUGUCGUUCGGAGAUCUGUCAUGCCAAAGGCUGCAACCAGCCUAAAAGCAUUCAUCAGACGAAUUGGAUUCAUGGUCACUUCAAAGCCACCAUCCAGAUGCACCUCGAUCAUCCCAACCGGCAAAGUGCUUCAAGUGACUCUGGACCGAGUGACCACUCCAAUUUCCCCGAAGAGCCUGUAGAUCCCGAUCUCAUCAUGAUGCAGGGCUAUUGUCCCAAAUGCGCAGGCUAUACACGGAAGGCUCCCAUGUCCGACGACGCGUGGAGGCUAAGCCUUGGAAAGUAUCUGCAGCUAUGUUUUUACAGCCCCGGAUUAAUAUCGAAUCUCGUACCUGGAACGCCCCGCCGUGGCCGGCUAUCUUGCAAUCAUGACUCGCAUCUCGAACACCUUCGCAUGUUUUUUUAUCAGGGAUUCCGGGUCGAUUUCCGACUGCAGAAAAUCAACGUUUAUGAAGCCAUUCCGCCUUCCUUGGUGCUCUUUACUCCUUCUCAAGCGUUGAUCAAGGUGCGAGAAGAGGAGUACGACAUUGUUCUGCGGAGGUCAGAAGCUUUUUUCAACUCGGUCCGGAGCAGAAUUGUCGGCUUUAACUACAAGGUGGUAGCCAUCGCCAAUCAAGAAGCCUCCGAGGAAGCCAUGCGAGACCUGCUAAAGAAAGUAGAAAUGGAUUCCAACGCCGUUAAAGCACAGUUGAAUGAAGUUUACGAAGAGUGCAUUGGUACCAACGGAGUGAGAAUGAACAUCGUCAGGAAGACACUUAUUGACAAGGCCGUUGAAUGGGAUGGACUCUUUGCCACGUUUGAAUCGCGCUUUGUUGCCUGCGACAGUAAGGACGCUCGUCGACUGGCUAGCGUGCCUCUCAAAAAAAUCUUCCUGGAUCAAAGUAUGCCAGGCUCGCCCGAAAGAUUAUUCCCAAGAGUCAACCAAGCUCCAUCACUAAAUUCACAAAAGUACAACUACAAUUCGCAAUCUGAAGUCGAGUCCGACCACGCUCCCAAAGGACAGUCUUUUGGAACUUUCAAAAAAACAUUUCCUUCGCCAACCCUGAAGAGCAUGGCCAGCGCGUUGGCCUUCGCGCUACCCUCAUCGAUGCCUGGCAUUGUAAUGCCUGAUAUUCGCUCAGAGGGCGAAAAACCCAAGAACCAUCCAGCCAAUCCGCUAGGCCCACCCCUUUCCAUGUUACAGUCUCCACAAGAAGCAGCUCCAAAGGAAGGGCUAACAUUGGAUUUUACUCCGGGCGUCGAUGAAUCUACCAGUGAACAGCAUUCCGGCGGUGAGCUAUCCACGCCCCAUAAAUUGCCAGUUGAGCUUUGCAUUCCAUCAGUAGUCAUCGAACCUGCAUCCACGCCUACAUCUACCGUAGCUGAUAAAAAAGAAGCGGAAGUCGAUUUGAACGUUGACUCUCAUGACAAAAGAAGGCUUCAAGAUGCUCCUGAAAGCUCUGCAGAAAUACACCCGCCGUCUGCCUCGACGAGCAAGGCACAGGUCGUGCACCCUAAUGCUCAUCGAGUCUCACUGUUGACUUCUUCUCGCCGCGAUAGCCACCAUGCGCAACCCCGGUCUGAUGAGGGACCUAGCCUUGAUCUAGCGUCAGACAAAGACGAGGACUCCAAAAGUGACUCAACAGUUGUGAAUGUUCGGAGCGAUGUUGCACGUUCAAGCCAUAGUAAAGAAUCUGACAGUCAGCGGAAGAAAUGUGCAGCAUCUGAUACAGACACUACCACCAGUGAUCUCGAUUUGCCAAAUGAUUCCCGGCGGAUGACACUGCGCAAGCAACGCCCCAAGGAUCUGGUGCUGAAUUCUCGCGGAGGUGUGGCUAACCUGGUGCAAAAAUUUGAAAGCCCCAGACCCAGUCCACGAAAAGCUAUCCGACCUGAUUCUCCGGCUGUCGAUGAUGUCCCUAAGCCUACCAAUGUUGAAGAAGGCUCCGCUCAAAGGAAACCUCUGAAGACAAAUGCUCUUCUUGUCAGACCUUCUUUCAAAAGAGGGAAGAGCGAAGUUGUUCGUUCGACAAUGAGUAUCCUGCGAGGCAAAAAGCCAGCAACUGGGCUGGACAAAGCAGCCAGUCACAUCGACCGUAAUCAAAGUUUCGAUUCUUUAUCACCCCGGCUAGCUGGAAAACAACCGGCUCAAGAACAAACUCCCAAGGUAGCCUCCCGUAUUCAGCGACCCGGCUCUCGCAUUGCAUCGCCUAGAAUACCAUCUUCACACGCAUAUUCACACCGCUCCUCUAUGCUUCGAACCGGGACACACGAUGGUCUUUCAUCGGCUGAAAAAGCUCGGGUUCCGAGCUCACCUCGAGCUCUUGGCCACAAGAAAGAAUUCGUAGUUCCACGGCGUCCCCGGCAUGAGUCUGGAUUGCCCGUGUCAAACUUCUAUCUGCACCGUCGGAUGAACAUGAACACGAAGGUCACAACAAUUGCUCGCCACUUUGACCGAAUGAGUCGUGAAGCUGAGCGAGAACGUAUCAAGCAAGCCAAUGAGCAUCGGAGCCGACCCCGUCCAAUUGCCCAUGCCAAGUCCUCAGUCCAGGCAUUUAGCAGCUUAACAGCGGCAGUGAAUGAGGAUUCCGAUUCUGAUAUUGACGAAUGUGAAGGCCAUCCGGCUGGACAUGAUGCUGAUGACGAGGGAGAUGUCAUUCCUGAAGUUUACGGACCGCAUAAUGCCGGACAAGACGCUUUUAAAGCUGAGCCUGGCCUGUCAACUGACCUUCCUCUAGUGCAAGAAGUCACACCUGCUGGUCCACAUCCAUCACCAGACCUCGAUCAUGUAGAUCAAAGCUACCUCGACGAGGCUUCAACAUCUAAUCGGCAAAUGUCGCCCACUCGAGUUACUUCGUGUUCUCCAUCGUUUUUGAUGGACACUUCAAGACUCCCACCUCUCGCAGUCGCGCAUUUUUCUGAUAAUGAGAUGAGCUCAAGUGAUACCGGUCGGCACUCGAUUAUUAAAACUCUUUCCAGCCUGUGGAACUAUCAAGGAGCGGAGUUCCUCCCCCUAGAAUACCCUCAAUUACCCACCGAGCACCAGUCAGCCGAGAACCCAGUUAUUAUACGUGAGGAUGAACCCAGCUCUAUCAUAGCCUACACCUUAGCUUCAAAACUAUACCAAGCCACACUGAAAGAGACGGAGCCAAGAGUGGUGGAACGUUCGGAGAUAUUCAUGCCUGAAGAAUUUAAGCCUCGCUCUAACGAUAUCGACUCGACUUGGGGAAUGAUAGACUUCAUGUCUGACGAUAUGGAUGUUGAUGAUGUCCUCAAAAUUCCCAUGAAUAGGGCUAAGCCCAUGCAAUUCCGUUUUGAUGUUACUCCGUGUACCAUCACGUGUAAGGUGUUUUUUAUGCACCAAUUCGAAGCGUUGAGAAAGACGCUCAUAUGUAAUGAUAUUGUCGAGUCCCUUGCUCGCUGUCACAAAUGGGAUGCGUCGGGUGGCAAGUCGGGUCAAAAAUUUCUCAAGACUAAAGACGAACGCUACUUGAUCAAAGGCAUAUCUAAAGCUGAGCUAGAGGCGUUGACAAAAUUUGCUCCCGCAUACUUCGAGUACCUGUCAUCAGCCAUUAAAGAGAAACGACCAAUUACUCUUGCCAAAAUGUUUGGGAUCUUCCAAGUUUCCUUCGUAAAUAAAAUUACCAAUCGCAAAGGGCGCUUGCAGGUGCAAGUUAUUGAGAAUCUUUGGGUGACCAAGCCUUAUCUUCAAAUCUAUGAUUUGAAAGGUUUGACCCGUAACCGAACGGUAAAUGUUACCGGACGGCCACAUGAAGUCUUACUGGAUGGUAACUUCUGCGAAAUGGUCCGAACAACUCCGAUACUUGUUCGGGAGAAUUCUUUGCUAAGAUUGCAGGCCAGUUUACACAACGAUACACUUUUCCUAGCAAAUCACAACGUCAUGGAUUAUUCACUUGCGGUCGGCUUUGAUGAAGAGAAACAAGAGAUGUAUAUUGGAAUUAUAGACUACCUCCAGACUUACUCUUGGGAUAAAAGGCUCGAAACCCUGGUAAAAGAGCUAGGGGGUAGCAGCAAGGAAGCUCCCACGGUGAUCACACCAUCCUUAUACAAAGCGCGAUUCAGGCGUGCCAUGGGUAAAUAUUUCUCGGUGGCGCCGGACCCAUGGAUGCACAAGUGGAAGCCAUAUCUCUCGCCCUCAGAAGACGACUCCAUUGGGGCCAGUGUCGACAGGGAAGGCUCCAGAUUGGCCGAAACGGGCGCGAAGGCCGAAGAUUCUUAUGUGCACCUGUCCGGUAACGAAUAA